CUAGAAAUCCUUUACAUCGUUGAUUGUUAUAUCCGCAAGGUAAGCACAUGCCACUUUUUUCGACUUCCGAACUUGGGUUGUAGAUUAUUUUUCACUGUAUCGCAUAGAUUUCACCACGAUACUAUUUAUACUUCGUACCGAGACAACGAUACACUCAAAGCACAAGAAAUUUGUCUCCGUUGUUGUUUCGGUACCUGCAAGCUAAUUGAACGCUGGAGGAGAAAUAUUGCACAAAAGGAACCAUGCCUACAAAAUCUGAAGAUCCUGAAGAUGUAUCCAGUAGCGCAUGCAACAUCAAUUAUGGGAAUGAGUUCUUGUCAACGAACAACGAUCCAGAAACGAUAGACAUUUUGUUUUCGGAGGAACUUCUCAAGCUCUCUAUUGAGGCUCGAAAUGAAAUCCAAGAGGAAGCACACGGGGUUCGGUGCCUUGCACCAGAAGAAACGCCUGAAAUGAUUCGUGAUGCCCUGCGCAAAUUUUCCAACGAGCUCGAUAAACUACCUCGCCACACCAUGCGUGCCUAUCAUAUAAGUCAGAAACCAACACAACGAUCACCUCCGCAGAGGACAUUUGUGAACACAGAUGAUUUUCGUCUUCGCUUUUUGCGAGCCCAACUGUUUGAUGUUCCAAAAGCGGCAAGAUGCAUGGCAAAUUAUUUAAAAGUCAUCCUGGAUCAUGUUGGAGAAUAUGCUCUAUUUCGACCCAUCAGGUUGAACGACUUUACGAAAGAGGAACAGCGGGUCUUUCGGAAAGGUUUGGCACAACUGCUGCCAUACCGGGAUCGCCAUGGUCGUCGAGUCCUCGUUGUCUUCAUGGGUGAAGACUGGGAAGAAGUAUCGGUGACAUUGAAGGUAAGUAUACAACGAAGGACGAAACCGAUCGUUCUCAAAAACACAUAUCGAAAAUCAUACUUUCAUAGCACUCCUCACUUGUCUAUCAUUCAAUGACACCUAAUCAAUCAAUAUGUGGUUCUCUUAUGUACAUCUUAGUUAAAAAUAAUGCUGUACAACACUUUCAACCUCGGCACCGAGGAUUUGGAACUGCAACGGAAAGGACUUGUGGUUGUGUUUUGGUGUCAAGAGUCUUUAACAUUCCAGUUGAAAACCAAUUCCAACAACACAAUUGCACGUAUAGACGAAUGUUCUCCGAUACGAGUCAGCGCUAUUCAUAUAUGCACACCCGACACGCCUUUUUAUCGGUUUGCACGAGGCGUUUGGGCAAUGGUUAUAGGCCGCGCCUAUUUCGCACUAAUGAGAUUUCACGUUGGUAAGUCUGCGUUCAAUUGCUUUGUAGUUUGGCAGGUGAUCGUGUUCUGAUUGCGAAUCACAUUUUACAUCUUUACCAACGGCAUGUUCUUUUUGGCGUUUCGUUCUAUUCAAUCUCAUCUUUCUUCAAUUUACAGGCGAACCGAUCGAGCUAAGAUACGCCUUGGAAUCUCUUGGCAUUAGUACGGGUCAGUUGCCGAUUACUUGGACUGGUAAAAUAAAAGAACAACACAUCAGACAAUAUAUGCGAAUGCGAAGA